CGCUGGAGCUAACAUUACACAUAUUGUCAACCCUGAAGGGUAAAGACCGCAUUCAUGUGUAGAGAUUAUAAUAAGUAUUUAUCUUUUUAUCAUGCAUAUGCUUCAUAUUGUAAAUAUACUUUACUUGACCUCGCCAUCUGUCUCAACAACAUAGACCUCAACGUCUUGCUCAUCUUGGUCACCAUAAUCCUCAUCGUCGUCGUCGGUUUGGGCUUCCUCCGGAGGGACUCCAAACCUCUCACAGUCGAAAAAGGUGCCUUCAACAUCAUCCCACUCACCGGCUGCUUCAUCAUCUGGGAAGAAAAGGGGCUCCGUGAUAUCGUCCUGUGCUCCCCUAGAUAUCGGUAUCGGCAAAGAAUAUGGGAUAGACUUCCCUAUUCGCGGCUUUACCGCUAGAUCUAGACGGGACUACGGAUUGCAUAAGUAUUGACGCUCUUCUAGUGCAAUGUGAAAUAGAGC